AUGCAAAUCGAGCUAGUAGGGGCAGUGGACGCACCUCCCCAGGUUCAAGCUCGCAGCGGCAGGGCCGCUCAGAGGGUGCGGGCCGCCACAGCUCGGAACCUGUUUGAGGCCGGCUACGGCCGCAAGUGCGCCAGCCCCGCCCUCCGCGGCGCCGGGGGCGCGCCGCCCCCGCAGCAAGCCGCCACCGCGGAGGCCGUGGGUGCCGCCGCCGCCGCCGCUGCCGAGGGCGAGUGCUGCUACGUCGACCUGCUGCUGCGGCCGCCUGGCGACGACCGCCUGGCGUCUGUCUACAAGCCUUGGGCGCGGCACCAGCUGGAGCUGCAGGGCUACACGAUAUUCGGGUCCAUUGGCGACCAAUUCAGCGACCUCAGCGGCACAGUGUCGGCCCCAUACUCAAUCAAGCUGCCAAACAUUUUUUACUACAUCCUGUGA